AUGUAUCGCCGUGGUGGUGUUAGCAAUGCAAGAGUCUCACUUGUUGCCACAUUCAACAAUGCUUCUAGUGAACACUGCCAUACCGGAACACUUGAUUGGCAUCUUGACGUGAAGCCUUACUUCAGAGAAAUCGAAAUUAUCAAGGAGACUACAUGGAAAGUCAAAGAUUGCAACUUCUUUGGCAAGGCUGCAACAACCGAUGUCUUCAACCGUGACCAUGAUUGGGCCACGCCUGAUGCCCACGCUCCUCUGAAUUGGAUGGCCAGCCUUCGUUUCGCCGAUGAAGAUCGAGUGAUCGAAAUAAAGUUCAGUUUUCCUGACGCAGGGAAGCGUGAUCAAUUGAAAGAGAUCAUCUAUUCGCUAGGCAAAGCCGGACACAUGCCUUUCAACCCCUUCCGCUCAGAGAAGACCGGUAUUCCUCUCGUUCAGUAUGGAAUGAUUCGCCCUGUUGAUGAACUCGCCAAGUGCAAAUACAACAACUCGGAUCAAGAAUACGACUUUGCUAUGUAUACUGCCAAGAACACCUUCAGUAACAUCAACGAAUACGUCAUCCAGCAUGCUUGUGGAGAAUACCAAGAGUGGACAUAUCAGAGAAGUGUGUUCGAGAACUGGAGAGAUGGAAAACACGAUUGCAGUUUUGUUGCUCUUCAAGGUGACAUCAUGCUUGUCAAGGUCAAAGUCAAUGGUGUCAAGUUGGAUAAGCUUCCUCUUACCAAUAAUGUCACCCUGCAAAUCAUGUUCACUCCUGAAGGCAUUUCACAUGUUGAAGGCAUGCAGAAAGUGAAAGCAGCCAUCAAAGAAGAUGUCCUCCAUCUCGCAGGUCCUGAUGAAAUAGCACUCCUCGUCGUCAACAAGACAGCCGAGCAUUUCAGAGGAAUGUGCUCUGUCUUCCCUAAACAAGAUGGUCCUACUUUUACCUGCACUAUUUCUGCCGAACUUGAUGACAGUCAUAUCAAAUGGCAGCUCCACGCCUCGUCUGAGAUGACCAGCAAGCGGACCAUCUGGAACCAACUAUUUGUCAACGAAGACGCCUGUAUUGAGCCAUUCAAUGACCCUUCCGAAGCUUUCAAGGAGUUCAGCGAUGUAGAAAAGGCCAUGAUUUUCAUGGAAGAAUGCAAGAAAGCCCAACUCAGUGAGUCUCAGAUGGCUGCCGCUGGUGUCGCUUGUUUUCGCAACGUUGCUGGAGCAGCCGCUAUCAAGGCAGCAGCAGGCACCGGCAAGACAAGAGUGAGUUCUGUUGUCGUCAAUUAUUUCUUACGAAUCGGUACACACGUCAUUGGCAUUGCUACUUCAAAUUCUGCAGUUGAUGCAUCCUACACCGGCAUUGAGACGCUACAAGCCACUCCGCUCCCUGUCGACAAUGAAGACCAAGAUCAUAACCAAAACGCUGAAGAACAACACGCAGUUCCUGAAGAUCCCACCAAUGUAUCCUCUGGCCACGAUGCUUUCCUCGAGGAAAGUCCUAUUCGCUUUUACGCUUGGGCAAACGAGGUAUCAGAUCUCAAGCACGCGGGCCCGAGAAUACUUCUGGGUUGUUGUGCAAGGAAAGGUCGAAUUGCGAAGAUGUCAUACAUUGGCGAGUACACUCGCAAGAUGAUCUCCGAUGACCGUGUUGCUGUUGCUCGAGUGACUCCAACAGCCGAGGAAGUUGCCGAACACAAAAAGCGGACUGUUCGUGCGAAGAACUAA